AUGAAUGAAGAACUCCAGGGAACAUGGAACUCCUCACACACCACGUUCACGUUUUGGGGAUUUCCUGAAAUCCACCAGUACCGGCGUUUGCUCUUUCUGCCGUUCGCGGUAACGUACCUCUUGAGUUUGGCAGGAAAUUUCCUGUUGAUAUACGUAAUCGGGACCUGCCAGAGCCUGCAGGCUCCCAUGUAUAAACUCAUCUCCGGUUUGGCCGCGGUCAAUAUCGUGGUCCCUACAGCCAUCGUCCCCAACAUGCUGCUGGGCUUUCUGUUCGACUGGAACCAGAUCUCGCUGGCCGGCUGUUUGACCCAGAUGUUUGUUACUCACUUCUUCUCCUCUCUAGAGUCCACCAUUCUUCUGGCGAUGGCUCUGGACAGACUGGUUGCAAUUAGCCACCCACUCCGCUACACAGAGAUCAUGGACACCUGGGUGUUCGUAAAGCUGCUGGUGUUUAUGCUCGUAAGGAGCGGUGCAAUAAUGGCCACCCUGGUUAUCCUCGCCGGCUCUCUGGUGUUCUGCAGGUCGAACGUCAUCCGGCAUUCCUACUGCGACCACAUGGCUCUCGUUAGCCUCGCCUGUGACAGCACUACCAAAAACGACAUCAUGGGGAUGGUGGUGAUCGUCUCGUUUGUGGGCAUCGACAUCUCCGUGAUCGUCUUCUCGUACGUCAGCAUUCUGAACGUGGUUCUGCGGGCGGGAGAAGAGCGCUGGAAGGCCUUCCACACCUGCGGCACUCACCUGAUGGUCAUGCUCAGCUUCUACCUGGUGGGCAGCGUCACCUUCCUAUCUCACAACAUCGGAAUCGCCAUUCCCACGGACAUGAACACAUUCCUGGGAAUACUGUACAUUCUCUUCCCAGCCACAGUCAAUCCCAUCAUUUACGGCGUCCGCACCAAGGAGAUAAGGACCGCUGUAAUUAAAAUGUUCAAAAAGAGAAGUGGAAAGGUCUUGGACAAGAAUUUCUUCAAAUAA